GCUCUGCAGCACAGCUCAAACAGAGUGAGUGGAGUUAGGAUUUCCCAGUUCCCAGAGCGCCGGGAGGUACCUCACAGGAUGAGUUAGAGUAUGUUGAAUUAGCACGUGCUCGGAGCGCUCACAGGGUCUGCAGUUGCACCAGGCAUGACAGCUGGAACCCAUGGGCUUCCAAGACGACAAGGCAAAGCAGGCAGCCUUGAGAUGACACAUUCUCCCCCCCCCUCCUUCCUCGGUCCUGCUGCUGCACUGUUUCCUCUGUCUUCCCUAAGGCUCCCAUCCUUCAGCAAGCAGAGCUGAAUUAAUCAGAGCUGUCUGCGCUAAGAGGAUCAAUAGCUUACGCUGUGAUGUACAUGAGUGGAGCAGGCAGACUCCGUUCACUCUUGAUGCAUUUCUACCGCUUGAGGAUUGUAUGAGUGGGAGCUGCCCUGUUGUUUUGCUCUAUGGCAUCCCAGCGCAUUGCAGGACAGCCUAAACGAAGGAACUUUGUGCCUCCUCAGGCUUCCUGGAUGCACAAGCAUGCAGCUUCCAGUCUGAAACGGCACCUUUCGUUUGGACGACGGCAGAAAGACGGCGUACGGGAAUAAUAAUGAAGGGCAUUGCUGGGAUUUCACGAUGGGAUGCGCUUGACAUCAUUUCCUAGAGAAUUCUGCGCGAAAAAAAGCAGGAAAGUGAUGACUUCUUUAGCACACUUUGCUUUCUGUUUGGACUCACUCUUCCAUGGGUGUCCAGGCUGCUUUUCUUUCAGCACCCCUUGUCUUUUUGUGUUUGAUUUGACAUCCUUGAGUGUAGACAUGAUGAUUUUAUUGCCUUAUAACUUCCUUAUGGAGUUUUUUCAGGACUCGACUACGGAUUAGAACAUGUGCUAGCAAUCACCAUGUCUUUGAAAAGGAUUUAAGAGAAAGUAUGUAAGGAGUGGGAGUAGGCCUGUUUGAGUUUGUUUUUAAAUUUUAAUUUAUGAGCGAGCCAUUUAGAUCUCACCUCGGCUUAAAUGAAGACUGGCUGUACUUACACAGGACGGGACCACACGAUGAUGCAAGUCAAUAAUUUCCCGCUCAGGAGGCAUUCGUGGAUAUGUUUUGACGUGGACAAUGGCACGUCUUCAGGAAGGAGUCCACUGGAUCCCAUGGCCAGUCCAGGCUCUGGUCUCAUCCUCCAAGCCAACUUUCCACACAGCCAGAGGAGGGAGUCCUUCCUCUACCGCUCGGACAGCGACUAUGACCUGUCGCCCAAGUCCAUGUCGCGCAACUCGUCCAUCGCCAGUGACAUUCAUGGGGACGACCUGAUUGUAACACCGUUUGCCCAGGUACUGGCCAGUUUGAGAACAGUACGGAACAAUUUUGCAGCAUUAACCAACUUGCAGCAAGAAAGGACCACAAAUAAGAGGGCUCCCAUGUGUAACCCAUCUCCUCUCCCAAAAGCCUCUUUCACAGAGGAGGCCUACCAGAAGCUGGCCACCGAGACACUGGAGGAGCUUGACUGGUGCCUGGACCAGCUGGAGACGUUGCAGACCCGCCACUCUGUCAGCGAGAUGGCCUCCAACAAGUUCAAGAGGAUGUUGAACAGGGAGCUCACCCACCUGUCUGAGAUGAGCCGAUCUGGAAACCAGGUCUCUGAAUUCAUCUCCAGCACCUUCUUAGACAAGCAGCAUGACGUGGAGAUGCCCUCGCCUCACACUCAGAAGGAGAAGGAGAAGAAAAAAAAGCCCAUGUCACAAAUAAGUGGUGUGAAGAAGCUAAUGCACAGUACCAGCCUGACCAACUCUAACAUCCCUCGCUUUGGGGUCAAAACAGAUACUGAAGACUCCUUAGCCAAGGAACUGGAAGACGUAAACAAAUGGGGCCUUAAUGUUUUCAGAGUCACAGAGUUUUCUGGAAACAGGCCAUUAACAGUGACGAUGUACACAAUCUUUCAGGAGAGAGAUUUGCUCAAGACGUUUAAAAUUCCAUUAGACACUUUUAUAACCUACCUGAUGACGUUAGAAGACCAUUACCAUGCAGACGUGGCAUAUCAUAACAAUAUUCAUGCUGCUGACGUAACACAGUCCACACACGUGCUCCUCUCCACGCCUGCUUUAGAGGCUGUUUUCACAGACCUCGAAAUUCUUGCUGCCAUUUUUGCCAGUGCUAUUCAUGACGUUGACCACCCGGGUGUCUCAAACCAGUUCCUCAUUAACACCAACUCAGAGUUGGCCCUCAUGUACAAUGACUCAUCAGUGCUGGAGAACCAUCAUCUGGCUGUAGGCUUUAAGCUGCUCCAGGAAGAGAACUGUGACAUCUUCCAGAACCUUACCAAAAAACAGAGACAAUCCCUCCGGAAGAUGGUGAUCGACAUCGUAUUAGCCACCGAUAUGUCGAAACACAUGAACCUACUGGCUGACUUGAAAACGAUGGUCGAGACAAAGAAAGUGACCAGUUCUGGAGUCCUGCUGUUGGAUAAUUAUUCAGACAGGAUACAAGUGCUACAGAACAUGGUGCACUGUGCAGACCUGAGUAACCCCACCAAACCACUGCAGCUGUACCGCCAAUGGACAGACCGCAUCAUCGAGGAGUUCUUCAGCCAGGGUGACCGUGAGAGGGAACGUGGCAUGGAGAUCAGUCCCAUGUGUGACAAACACAAUGCCUCGGUGGAGAAAUCCCAGGUGGGCUUUAUCGACUACAUUGUCCACCCUCUGUGGGAGACAUGGGCUGACCUGGUGCACCCGGAUGCUCAGGACAUCCUGGACACGCUAGAGGACAACAGAGAGUGGUACCAGAGCACCAUCCCCCAGAGCCCUUCUCCUGCACCGGGGCAGAACGACGAGAGCGGACGGCCCGUUGCGACGAACACCACAGACAAGUUCCAGUUCGAGCUGACGCUGGAGGAGGAUGGAGAAACCGACACGGAGAAGGACAGCGGCAGUCAGGCUGAGGAGGAAGAAGAGGAGGAGGAGGAGGACGAGGACUCCAAAACGCUCUGCACGCAGAACUCUGAGUGUGCUGAGAUCCAGCUGGAUGAGCAGGCAGAGGGAGAGGAGGGAGAAGAGGAAGAGCAGGUGUGUGAGGACGUUUCUGUAGAACCAAGCAUGGUAGAGGAAGAGGAGGAGGAGGAGGAGGAGGAGGAAGGAACGUAGCAGUGCAGGAUGCAUUCAGUCGCUGCUAACCAUGCCUCAGUCAAAUGCACAGGUAGAGGGAAGAUUAAUAACAGCGAGAGGAGGAAAGUUCCAAAGCGCACCUUGCACUCCACAACCUCGGCCGCUGCUUUCUCCUGGACUCACGAGGACACACACACUCUGGUACAUUGUCCUUUUUUGCACUCAGGAAUAACCUUUGAUUUUUCUUUGCUGUCUUAUUUGUUUACCCCCACAAGUCUGUGCUUCUUGGCCCUCAUUUGAGGGUGAUACACACACACACACACACACACACACGCAGAUAAAAUAUAUAUAUAUAUAUCAUCCCCUUCAUGUGGCAAGCAGUAAGAAAGAUCUGAAAGUCUCACACACAGCACAGAGCAGUGAAGAGAGAUGGACUGCAGCAGCUACGGCCACAGGGGAAACAGGAAAUUUAUUGGAAUGUGUUCUCCGGCUUUUUCUACAUUUAAGUCUUCCUGAAAACCUGACUAAACCCACACACACACACACACACACACACACACACACAGCUCAGAGCUGUCAAGGCCUCUCUGCGUGUUUUUUUUUUUUUUUGUAUGGUACAAAAAUAUUGAGAUUCUUUUUACACAAAUGUUCGUUUUCUUACAAAAACUAGCAACAGCAAAGAAAACUUGUAGUGACGAGUAACUUGCAAGUAUGUGUUUAUGUUGGGCAGCGGGUUUAGCGCGCUACUUUAUAACUUCAUUCAACACUGCUGUGUUCUGUUUCAUUAAUCGCCCGGUGUAGUUUCAUUCCUGUUUGUGCUCCUUUUCUUUCAUUCAGAUAAUCUAAUCUAAUCUAAUCUACUUUAACACUUACCUCUAGUGAGCCUUAGCCAGAAGUGAUGGUUUUUUUUCCCCACAUUGUUUCUUUUGGACUUUUGCUUACAUUCUUUCUGAGUGGACACACGUUUUGAAACGAACCUCGUUAUAUCAAAGUUAUGUUACACACACGUUGCCAGGAACGUACCGUAGACAACGCCAUUAGAUCAAACACUUUUUCUAUUUCCUGUUACGCAAACAUUUAGACUGUUUUUGCCAACAUCCUGUGUUCCGUUUGUCUUGCGUCAGAUUUCAUUUAGCCUUUACUUUUCUACAAGACAAGCAAUUUCUGAGACACGUGAACUGUACAUUUCAGUUUGGUAGAAGCAGCUCGGGCUUUUCUAACCAGACUGGAUCGUGCGCCUCCUGAUGAUAUGCCUUUUACAAUUCACUCCAUUGGGUCUCAUAUGAAACAUGGUACACAUAGUGUGUGUGCACCAGAAAGUUUUCCAUUUGAAUAUACUGCCUAGAUUAAAGGACUAGCUAAAACCAUUGAAUAAAUUCUCACUGAUCUCACAUACACACACACACAGGCUGUGCAAUGGCAUUUGUGCUGUGUGUCACAAAUCGUCCAGGCUGAUCAAGAGCUUUCUUAGGGCUAGAACAUGACUUGACUCUCACUAUUCAUGCCAAACCCACACUCGUGCACUGCUCUUGCACUAUAGGACUCUCAGCACUUAGCCAAGUGGCUCUUCAUUUCUCUAUAUUUAUACGUGUUUGUGGUUUUAUUUAUUGGUUCAUGCUCUUUCGUUGCUGUGUGUGUGUGUGAACAUGAGUACUGUAGAACAUAAACUGUAGCAUAGACGGCAUGUUACUUGCAAGUUACUUUCUUUCUUUUUCUUUUUCUCCUCCACAUGGUGAGUGUGUACAUAGAACAAACAUUUUUAAGGAGAAGAUUUUUCACCAAAACUUGAAUCCUGGCUUUUAAGUAGUAAUGAUUUUAUUAGACUUUUUUUUUUUUUUUUAAGUUUUGUGCCAUGUAUGGGUUGUUUUUUUUUUUGCCUCACCAGAAUGACCUUACCUGUUAUGGGUUUUGUUUUUGUCUCUGUUUACAGACAUGUAUUUAUUGCGUUGUAUAUAUUGUAAUGUUUAUUGUAAAUGAUAAGCGAUUCUUACUCUAUCAUCCCUAAUGGCGAUGGUGUUGCUGUAUUUAGUAAACUCUUGUUGAGAGAAUGUUUAUUAUAGCUAUUAUACAAUGUAAAGAUUCUGUAAAAAAGAAAAAGAAAACGGAAGUAGUCACUUUUGAGCUUGUUUAAUGGAGAACCGGGGAAAGCCAAACAAUACGACGCCACUGGUGUUUGGCCCCAGGGCUGUGCCUUAACUUCAGCGUCUCUAGAUUUCUCUUUAUUUGUCCCUCUUUCUGGACAAGAGAGCAGUAGUGCACAUGGGGAAGUUCUGCCCGUUUUGCUACCUGAUUAUCAGAGUAAGUGCUAUAUCAUAACGCUAUGGUUCUGGAUGCUGCUGCAGGUUUUUUUGCAUUGAGACUGGCACAAAAGCAAAACAUUCUUCGUUCAUUGCCUGGCUUUGAAUGCCACACGCAAUGCACCCCAAUGCAAUAGACACACACGUAGGAGAACGGUGGGCAUGCUGGCUGCAUAUAUCCACUCUUAAGUUGUACUUUCAUGCUGUUCUGAAACGUGUUCAGGUGCUGUGUGCUACCGUCGUCCCAUCCAGCCUUGUAGAUGUGCUCUUGCACUAAGCGAAACUUUAGAAUUUGUAUGUCGAGAGCCUUUUUUCUGACACGCAUACUGUAGAUUAUAGCAGCCCUGGACCAAAGCCAGUCAUGGCUAUUAUUAUUAUUAUUAUUAUUAUUAUUAAUUAUUAUUAUUAUUACUUGUAUUUUUCAUUAAAAGGUAUGUGUCAUUAAAGGGUACAUAAACUGGUACUUAAAAAUUUAAUUCAUUAGGUGACAUCUUUCAAUGACACUUUUUACACUUCUUUCACUGGAUACAUUGUCGUUUGACAGAACUGUAGAUUCUGCUUCACUCAGUUUGAAGAACAUUUAAAAC